GAGGCGGUCUGUGCAAGGGCCGGCCCGAGCGGGGGCUGCAGCUGGCCCAGAACAUUCUGCCCGUCCAUGGUGCGAUCUGCUUUGUUUGGAGGCCAGCUUCUGAAAUGCACCCAGUUCUGAGUGAGAGUUCACCAGCCUUGGCCGAGGCGGGCUCCGAGACGCAGGGUGUGGUUUCCUUAGCUCACUCUCUGCUAUUUGGUUGUCUGUGGCAACGGGAUCCAAACAACUCGGACAUGUGUUUGUAUAAAAAAAACCGGGAAUGGGACCCAAAGUGGGAGUCUAGGACCGUUCAGCUAGUGGAAGAGCCGCGGUCCCUCCAGCUACAAGGUGGGCACCAUGACCGAGAAGUUCGACUGCCACUACUGCAGGGACUCCCUGCAGGGCAAGAAGUACGUGCAGAAGGAUGGCCACCACUGCUGCCUGAAGUGCUUCGACAAGUUCUGCGCCAACACCUGUGUGGAGUGCCGGAAGCCCAUCGGCGCGGACUCCAAGGAGGUGCACUACAAGAACCGCUACUGGCACGAGACCUGCUUCCGCUGCGCCAAGUGCCUUCACCCCUUGGCCAACGAGACCUUUGUGGCCAAGGACAACAAGAUCCUGUGCAACAAGUGCGCCACCCGGGAGGACUCCCCCAAGUGCAAGGGGUGCUUCAAGCCGAUCGUGGCAGGAGAUCAAAACGUGGAGUACAAGAAGACCGUCUGGCACAAAGACUGCUUCACCUGCAGCAACUGCAAGCAAGUCAUCGGGACUGGAAGCUUCUUCCCUAAAGGGGAGGACUUCUACUGCGUGACUUGCCACGAGACCAAAUUCGCCAAGCACUGCGUCAAGUGCAACAAGGCCAUCACAUCCGGAGGAAUCACUUACCAGGACCAGCCCUGGCACGCCGAGUGCUUUGUGUGUGUCACGUGCUCUAAGAAGCUGGCCGGGCAGCGCUUCACCGCCGUCGAGGACCAGUACUACUGCGUGGAUUGCUACAAGAACUUUGUGGCCAAGAAGUGUGCCGGCUGCAAGAACCCCAUCACCGGGAAAAGGACUGUGUCAAGAGUGAGCCACCCAGUCUCUAAAGCUAGGAAGCCCCCAGUGUGCCACGGGAAACGCUUGCCUCUCACCCUGUUUCCCAGCGCCAACCUCCGGGGCAGGCAUCCGGGUGGAGAGAGGACUUGUCCCUCGUGGGUGGUGGUUCUUUAUAGAAAAAAUCGAAGCUUAGCAGCUCCUCGAGGCCCGGGUUUGGUAAAGGCUCCAGUGUGGUGGCCUAUGAAGGACAAUCCUGGCACGACUACUGCUUCCACUGCAAAAAGUGCUCCGUGAAUCUGGCCAACAAGCGCUUUGUCUUCCACGAGGAGCAGGUGUACUGCCCCGACUGUGCCAAAAAGCUGUAAAGCGACAGGGGCUCCUGUCCUGUACAAUGGAAUCGAGUCUUGUUCUCCGCGCCCUCCGCCCCCCUCGGGCCAGAGCGGCCUCCCCCCCCCACCCCCCCCGCAGCGCUCCUGCUGCCGCUGCCCCCAUCUCACGGUGUCCCUCCCCGGAGGGCGCCCGUCACCGCGCUAGUGACCGCACUAGGCCGCAGCCGCCGGCUUCGGUCCCCCCGCGAGGACACCCGCACGUAGCUAGAGCCGCUCUUCCGCAUGCUUGUCCCGGCCGCCGUCCAGCUGCUUAGGGACGCGAGCGAGACGCCCCGGCGCGGGGCCCCCGCUGAGCUGCGUCUCGCCGCUCAGCCGGGUCCCGCCGCGUGUCCCCCCCCCCCCGUCCCCCCCGGGGACCAUCGCGUCCCCGGGACCCGCGAGAGUUGCAGCGGCUGCCCAUGACUUCCGUGAGCAGACAGCGAGCUUAGCGAAAUGCAUGGUUGAACUUCCUCAUCAGGAUCUCCCUUCCGUUCUUUUGUGCUUUCAAACGACUAACACGAAUUUCCAGAAAGUUAACAUUUGAACUUUAGCUGUAAGUCCCUCUAAACUGACCUCCCCGCCCCCCCGCCCCAGUACUAACCUCCAUUUCCCCGUGUGGCGUGUUUUCUGAACGUUCCUACUUCCGAGCGUGGAACGUGCAGGCAGACCCGAGAGAACGAACCUGUUUCACAGGAACGUUGUCACAGCGAAUCCUUCUGGAAGCUUAACAAGACUAACCCAGCUGCCCUUUCUCUGUUUUGUUUUGUUGUUGUUGUUGUUUUAACGAUUUUGUUUUAACGAAUAGUAACAGUUUAUGGGUUUGGAGACUUGCAUGUCGAUAUUUUCACGCCCUCAAAGGUUCCUGCAGUUUUGAAAUUCAUCCCACAAACACUCGAGAGGGGUAGCUGAGCAGGCGCCAGGGCGGCCACGGCCACGGCCACACUAGGACGUCUCCGAACGGGGCCGAGCUGAAUCCCUUGUCAUGCGGGAGCUGUCUGCUCCUGGUCCCUGUCGGUGAACAGGCCCGCCCAGUCCCGCCUCUUGUGGCUCUUCGGACUGUCCCUCAGAGCUUAGCUGGACCUCUGGGGGAGCGGCGGCCACCCUCCCGGGCGGAACCGGAGCCCCACGUAGUGCUUCCCUGAGCUGCAGGCUGCCCUCCCUCCUGUACUCUCAUCGACGUUGUUCUAGGCCGUAGCGUAACGGGACAGCAUCACGAGUAAAACCGUACUGCCAGUGCAUAGGACGUUCUCGUAGGAGUGGUCUCAUUGCUACCUUGUGUCAUUCGCUAUUAUCCUCUACCGUUUCAGUGUAUCCUUACAGAAAUAAAGCAGCGUAUAAAUAA